CUACUAGGCGGAUUCGCUGUCAUACUGCCGUCCAAAUGCAUAUGCCCCAUGAUCCGGUCCUUUUGGUGUUCCUUCAUCAAGCUUCAUGUCACGAAGCUUCGACUCUUGAGGACAUAUGCUGGGGUGGAGGAUCCGUACAAGAUCCUGGGCCUUCAUCCAGGUGCUUCGGCAGAAGAGGUGAGAGCAGCCUACUUGAAAGCGGCAAUCCAAACGCACCCAGAUUCGGCUAGCACCAGCCAGGCUGGCGUUGCGGAGGAAGCCUUCCGCCGCGUAUCAGAGGCGUACCAGCGAUUGCGGUCUCGACAACGAGCACAGCAGACAGGAAAAGCUGCAAACAACUCACGCUCAUUUGCGCCUGGUGCCUCUACGGGUCUGAAUGGGAGGCCUCCCUUCAGCACGGUAAGCGAUGAACAAGCUGAGCAGCUGUUUCAAGCAGCCUUUAGUGGCCGGGGAGUGGAUCAGAUGCUGGAUGAGGAGCUGGCACGAUUCAAUAUCAAGCCAGGAGUUCAUGCAGCAGCGGUCAAAGAAGGAAUUUACGCACGGCUACUCCGUGCCGCUCAAGCUGCCUCCCAGCUGCCAGGUCAAGACGGUCACGCACAAAGGUUUGCAACCAAGAUUGACGACUGGCCACGCCUUGAAGUUCAGAGAGAGACUCUCGUGGGGGAUGAUGGGCUGCGGCGACUGCGCAUUCGAACCAUUACAAGAUGGCCGAAUGGUCGGAAGGAGGAGCACACUGUGGAAAAGCCUGUGUACAGAAUGUAGUUUGGACUCCCCUUUUCCUGGACUGCGAAGCAGAUGACCCUGGAGUUCUUUCUCGUAGUUGGCCACUGCCAAUGCACAAUACUUGCACAAUGGGUGCUUGCUUACCCUUUUGGUGGCGUAUGAUGCAGUCAAAAGAUGUCAAAAGGCUGUGGAUGAA